UCACUGCAGACUGACCACAACAUCUUCCAGAGGAGUUGACGUGGAGCUGUCUUUCCACAAUGGCUGAAAUUAAAGUAGAAACAUCCGCGGACAGUCCUGCGGUUCUUCACAGUCCACAUGCGUCUACUCAACCCAACAACCCGCUGUCGAGGAAGCUCAACAAAAUCCUGGAGACGAGGCUCGACAACGACAAGGAGAUGCUGGAGGCUCUGAAGUCUCUGUCCGUCUUCUUCACUGAGAACAGUCUGCGCACCAGGAGAAACCUUCGUGGGGACAUCGAGAGACGAAGCCUGUCAAUCAACGAGGAGUUUGCACGAUUGUUUAAAGAAGUAAAAGAGGAGCUUGAAGGUGUUCAUGAGGAUGUCCAGGACAUGAGCACGUGUUGUGAUGAAAUGACCAACAGAUUAAAGGCUGCGAAGGAUCAAACUCAGGACCUCAUAGUAAAAACCAACAAGCUGCAGGGAGAAAACCACCGCCUGGAGCUGCGAGCUCAGGUUGCCCAGGCUUUUCUUGACAAGUUCCAGCUCUCUAAUGAGGAGCUGUCCACACUGCGAGGGCCUCGAGAUGCACCCAUUACUGAGAAUUUCUUCAAAGCUCUCAGCCGGGUGAAGCACAUCCACGAGGACGUGAAGAUCCUGCUGAGAACCAACCAGCAAACUGCCGGGUUAGAGAUCAUGGAGCAGAUGGCCGUGUUACAGGAGACCUCGUACGAGCAGCUCUACCGCUGGGCUCAGAAUGAAUGCAGGGGACUGACCCAGGAGACGUGUGAUAUCAGCCCCGUGCUGACUCAAGCCAUGGAGGCCUUACAGGACCGAUCUGUCCUUUACAAGUACACCCUGGAUGAGUUUGGGACUGCACGCAGGUGUGCGGUGGUUCGAGGCUUCAUCGACGCCCUCACCCGCGGCGGCCACGGGGGAACUCCCCGCCCCAUAGAGAUGCAUUCACAUGACCCUAUGAGGUAUGUGGGGGAUAUGCUGGCCUGGCUGCACCAAGCCACUGCUUCAGAGAAGGAGCAUCUAGAAGCACUGCUGAAACAAGUCACUCUGCCAGGUGUGGAGGAGAACCUGCAGGAGGUGAUCGGACACAUCACCGAAGGAGUCUGCCGGCCUCUGAAAGUUCGUAUAGAGCAGGUCAUAGUCGCUGAGCCAGGGGCCGUCCUCCUUUACAAACUGUCCAACCUGCUCAAGUUCUACCACCACACCAUCAGCUCUAUAAUUGGGACCAGUGUGGCUACUUUGCUCAUCACUAUUGAGGAAAUGCACGUCCUCAGCAAGAAGAUGUUUUUCAACAGCCUGAGCCUCCAUGCAAGUAGACUCAUGGACAAGGUGGAGCUGCCCCCUGCGGACCUGGGACCCACAGCCUCCCUCACUCAGACGCUGGCCCUCCUCAGGGAGGUGCUGGCCUCCCACGACUCCUCGGUGGUUCCUCUGAACGCCCGUCAGGCUGACUUUGCUCAGGUUCUCUCGUGCAUCUUGGAUCCUCUUCUUCAGCUGUGCACCGUGUCGGCCAGUAACCUGGGCACGGCGGACAUGGCUACCUACAUGGUCAACUCGUUGUACGUGAUGAAGACGACCCUGGCUCUCUUCGAGUUCACGGACAAGAGACUGGAGAUGCUCGAGUUCCAGAUCGAGGCCCACCUUGACACUCUGAUCAACGAGCAGGCGUCCUACGUGCUGACCAGAGCCGGACUCAGUUACAUCUACGGCUGCGUCCAGCAGCACGGCCCUGAACAGGGUCCUCUGUCCCUCCUCCCCAGUAUGGACAGCUCAUCUGUGAAAGCAGCCAUGGUCCAGUUUGAUCGGUACUUGUCGUCGCCAGACACUCUGGUGAUGCCGCAGCUCAACUUCCUGCUCAGUGCGGCCAUCAAGGAGCAGAUUUUCCGUCAGUCAACAGAGCUGGUGUGCAGAGCCUACGGGGAGGUUUACACAGCACUGACCGGCCCGGCUAAUGCCUACAAAGACCCGGAGACCCUGGUGCCCAGAUCGCCUCAGCAGGUUCAGACUCUGCUGUCCUGAGAGCAGCGGGCGAGCCCCAGCGCCGGAUGGCCCGCAGGGUAUUUGUACUUGUACAGUAUAAUAACACACGUAGUAGUUGUUAAGGUGGGGUUCUUUGUGGGAAAUGUGGGAUGUGGGUCGCUGACCUCAGAGAGAGAGACACGAGGAAAGAACAUUUACACGUGUCUGUAUGAUCCUUUCUACUUUGACCGCUGCAGGCAGUCAGCUUGUUGUCUCCUCCUUUCUGUUGGUUUUCACAUCGUGUUCCCUGUUUGGUUUCCCUGAUUGUACAAAACAUUUUAUUUUAUUUGAUUGAAAGUAUUGACAAUGACAUAAAACAAAAGAAUACGUUGAACCAAA